UGAGCAUCACUUGUCCUGCUGCUUGUAGGCGCAUGCACCGGAAGUGGGCAGCGCCUCGGAGGGGAGAGUGGGCUGUGCGCGCUCGGCGCUCGGAGCCGCUUUUACGCGCGGCGGGUCUCAGACGUGGAGCAGCUGGAGGGCGCGGACGAGCGACGACAUGAGCAGCCCGGUGACUCCCGAGGACGCGACGUGACCCGACCCGCUCCUCGUCUGUCUGCCUGUCUGUCUGUCUGUCUGUCUGCUCGCCGACCUUCAGUCUCGUCGUCGUCGUCCACCGCUGCGGCCGCUCCGCGCGCUCCCCCGCGGCGGCACCAUGCCCGGGCUCCCCGCCACCUGCCAGGCGCUGCUCGUCUUCCUGCUCUCCGGCUCGGUGCUGGGCGACAGAACAGCGCCCUUUCUGAUCACAGAGAACAUGUGGCCCCGCGGCUGUGUCCUGGACUGCCAGAGGGGGCGCCACCGAGCUGUGUGCGGCAGCAACGGCAGGUUGUACAAGUCGCUGUGUGCCUUCCAGAGGGCGCAGUGCAUCAACACACACCUCCGCCUCGCUCCACGGGCACACUGCUCAGAUCUGAGCCAGUCCAAAUGCCAGCUGGCCCGGGCUCAGGCGCUGGAGGCCAACGGCCGCAGCGAGGGCAGCCACGCUAGUCCCGCCGCCGCCAUGUUCGUGCCAGAGUGCCACCCGGACGGCCACUUCCUGCCGGUGCAGUGCCACAACCAGACGGGAUACUGUUGGUGCUCCACGCCCGACGGCAAACCGCUCAGUGGGACCUCGAUGCUCCAUCUGAUCCCCAGCUGCGCUGAUCACGUCACCAUGUCGGCUCAGACUCCAGUCAAAGAUGAAGUUGGAGAACCUGGCCCGACAUUGGACCCCAGAAAACCUGCAGAGCUGACGGCUCCUCCGAUCUGGGUGACCAUCCUGAUGAACUCGGUCAGACGACCCACAGACAGUCCUCGGACGUGCGAGCGUGAGCGGGCGUCGCUGCUCUCUCAGAUGCAUGCAGCCUGGCAGGAGGAGCGUUUUAUCCCAGAAUGCACUGCUGACGGCCGCUACAGCCCCGCGCAGUGUCACACCGCCACAGGUUACUGCUGGUGCGUCCGGGUUGAUAGCGGCAGGCCCCUGUCGGGCACCUCUGCGAGGAAUCGUAUCCCAGACUGCACUGGGGCAGAGGAGGAUCCUGACAGAAUAGAUCGGAGGUACAGGGACAAACCUCUGCCUGGGUGUCCCGGAGCUCGGAAGGAGCAGUUCCUGCAGAGCCUGGUCAGAGCCCUGCAGCUGGAAGCAAAGCAUGCUGGGAGUCUGAGUCCCUACCAGGCUGCAAACACUCCUCCAUCCAAUAAUCCCUCGUCACUUUUAUACACUCCAGCCUCCACCACUCCUUCCUCCUCCUCCUCCUCCUCCUCCUCCUCCUCCUCACCUGUAAACGUCGCUCCCUCGGCUGCUCCGGAGGCCGUAGAGUCGCCCGGCCCAGAGGAGGUGUUGCGGUGGCAUUUCAGUCAGCUGGACGUGGACUCCAGCGGGACGCUGAGCGAACGCGAGGCCCGGCCCCUCCGCCAGUUCCUGCGACGGAGGCUGAAGCCGCGGCGGUGCGCCAAGAAGUUCGCCCAGUACUGUGACAGGGACGGAGACCGGGGCCUGACGCUGGACGAGCUGAGGGUCUGCUUGGGCCUCUGAAGUCAAAGCCACGGAGAGAAAUCACCCGAUGCCAAAGGCCAACUUGUUUCCUCUCCUCUACCACUCCACUGGCAUUUUUGUUAAGGGCUCCGUUUGUUCAUUCAUUCAUAAAAAUCCCGGAGACGUCAUUACUCACAUCCCCACAUUUUCUCUGAUUAAAAGACAAAACAUUGCCGCCAUCCAUCAUCCUCAUUCUCAUUCUCAUUACGCCUCCUCCAGAUCUAAUAUUCAUCGUCUCCUAAUCAGUUUCACUGUCGGACCAUUCUCAUCCUCCACAUGGCUGCGCGAGUGAAAACUGUGUUUUUGUAUCUAUGAUAUAAUCCGUGUGAUCACUCCACGUCAACAUUGAAUGUAACAUUACUUACAAGUAUUUAUUGCACACAUUCAACAGCAUGAGAUUUGUCUGUUUGUGUGUGUUCUUGCAACUCAAACAUCAUCUCUUAUCGUACUGGCAACAAUGUGUCUUCCCCUGCCUCGCCAUUUCCUUGACUCCCUUGCAUGCUUCUGCAUAUUCUCUCCCACAUUCCCAUAAUCUCUCUUCUCCUUGAUCCUUUCCUCCUUUCCUUUGUUUCUUGCCUCCUCUAGGUUGCUUCUUAUUGUUAGAUCCCCUCACUGUUGUCCUUCCUCCCUAGCCUCAUUUCCCUCCUCCUUCUCUUCAUCCUUACUUCCUUCCCUGUGACUAAAUUGCUUUCUAAUAUUUAAAACACAUAUUUUAAGUACAGUGAAGUAACAUACCUGCGUACACUUCUUGAUCAUUUGUUUUCUACGUUACAUUUAGGAAAGUUUCAGUCUGCGGCACUUUUCCAAGAGACCAUGAGCCUCAAAGAACAAUGAUGCAACUUCCUGAUUUUUGUAGGUUAAAUUUCAAAUAAAAAAAACGUGGUGUCUCAUUUUCA